GUCCAGGCGGCGACCUGGACGGCGGUUCCCCCUCCACGGCCGCCGCCGCCUCCUCCUCUUCCACCCUCUCGCCAAUGGCGCCGGGAGGAGUCGGAGAAGGCAAUGGCCGUGGCCGGGCCCCGGAUGGCGUCUCCAGCAUGAAAACACGGCGGCCCCAGGAACUGCUGGAGGAGGUGGAGAAACUGCGGGAGGAGAACGACACCCUCAAGAAUGAGAUAGAUGAGCUGAGAACUGAGAUGGAUGAGAUGAGGGACAGCUUUUUUGAGGAGGAUGCAUGCCAGCUACAGGAAAUGCGUCAUGAAUUGGAGAGGGCUAACAAAAAUUGUAGGAUUCUACAGUAUCGUCUUCGGAAGGCAGAACGCAAAAGGCUUCGUUAUGCACAAACUGGAGAGAUUGAUGGAGAACUUCUUCGUAGUUUGGAGCAGGACUUGAAGGUUGCAAAAGAUGUUUCUGUGAGGCUUCAUCAUGAGCUGGAAAAUGUGGAAGAAAAACGUACCACCACAGAAGAUGAAAAUGAAAAGUUACGACAACAAUUAAUAGAAGUAGAAAUUACAAAGCAAGCACUGCAAAAUGAACUUGACAAAAUGAAAGAGCAGUCCAUGAAAAGAAGAGGAAGCAAAGACUUGCAGAAAUCAGAAAAAAAGCAGCAGACUCCCACUGAGGAGGAUAAUGAAGAUCUGAAAUGCCAGUUGCAGUUUGUCAAAGAAGAAGCAGCUCUAAUGAGGAAAAAAUUGGCCAAAAUAGACAAGGAAAAGGAUAGAUUUGAACAUGACCUGCAAAAGUAUAGGUCAUUAUAUGGUGACUUAGAUAGUCCCUUACCAAAGGGGGAAGCUGGAGGCCCACCUACCACAAGAGAAGCUGAACUGAAACUUCGUCUGAGGUUAGUUGAGGAAGAAGCCAAUAUCCUGGGAAGGAAAAUAGUGGAACUGGAGGUAGAAAACAGAGGGCUGAAGGCAGAACUUGAUGACUUAAGAGGAGAUGAUUUCUCAGGGGCAGCCAAUCCCCUAAUGGGGGAACAGAAUGAAUCUCUCUCAGAGUUACGACAGCAUCUGCAGUUAGUUGAGGAUGAAACAGAACUAUUGAGAAGAAACCUGGCUGAUGUAGAAGAGCAAAAUAAGCGCAUCACAACAGAGUUGAACAAAUACAAAUACAAGACUGGGGCUCACGAUACUUCAAGGCAUCAUGAUAGUGCCAAGACAGAGGCUUUGCAAGAAGAGCUCAAAGCCGCCCGCCUGCAGAUCAAUGAACUCAGUGGUAAAGUUAUGCAACUCCAGUAUGAGAACAGAGUCCUGAUGUCCAACAUGCAGCGCUAUGAUCUGGCUUCACAUCUGGGGAUCCGAGGCAGCCCCAGGGACAGCGAUGCUGAAAGUGAUGCAGGGAAAAAAGAAAGUGAUGAUGAUUCACGUCCCCCCCAUCGCAAAAGAGAAGGGCCUAUUGGUGGGGAAAGUGACUCGGAGGAGGUUCGCAACAUCCGCUGCUUGACCCCUACAAGGUCCUUCUAUCCAACACCAACAGGGUGGCAAAAAAGCUUCACGGACCGUCAGCAAAUGAAGGAUAUUCGCUGUGAGGCAGAACGCUUGGGUAAGACGAUAGACCGCCUGAUUUCGGACACAAGCACUAUCAUAACUGAAGCAAGAAUUUAUGUGGCCAAUGGAGAUCUGUUUGGACUUAUGGAUGAAGAGGAUGAUGGCAGUAGGAUACGGGAACACGAACUUCUUUAUCGGAUCAAUGCCCAGAUGAAGGCCUUUAGGAAAGAGCUCCAAGCUUUCAUCGACAGACUAGAAGUUCCAAAAUCUUCGGAUGAACGAAGUGCAGAUGAACCUUUGUCAGUGAGUCAGAUGUUCCAGCCUAUCAUUUUACUUAUUCUCAUCCUUGUCUUAUUUUCAUCCCUUUCUUAUGCAACAAUAUUUAAACUUGUCUUUCUUUUCACACUGUUUUUUGUGCUGUAG